AUGACAACUACUGAGAUAGAAUCUCAACAAGCCAUCCCUCUCUCCACAGCCGCCAUCUCUCUACAGGUCAAGGACUUCGUUUGGUCCGAAACCGAGUGGCCGAACAUAAAACACAACGAUUUUACCGCAAGCGAAGACAUUCCGAUAGUCAGUUUAUCAAACAAGAAGAACACGAAAGAGUACGAAGAAGAAUGCAAGAAAAUGGUGGAGGCAAGCAGAGAGUGGGGAUUCUUCAAGUUGGUUGAGCAUGGAAUAGAUGAGGGGGUUGUUGAGGGCAUGAAGAGAAAGUGUACGGAGCUUUUCGAGCUUCCGAUGGAGAGAAAAGUUAGAGGAGGGAGAGGGGAGGGGUUGCCUUUAGGGUAUUCGGCUAGUAAUCCUGAUUAUAGUCGGAACCUGCCGUGGGCUGAGAUUCUUCAGUUGCUUCAGUGUUCGAAGAUGGUUGUAGAGUUUGGGAAGAAGGUUUUUGGGGAGUUUCAUCAGCCUUUCAGUGAAGCAUUAAUAAAGUACAUGGAAGCAUUAGACAAUCUUGGAAUGGUCAUAUUUGAGAUGCUAGCUCAUGGAUUGGGACUUUCAGAUGACUACUUCACAAGGAAUUUCCAUGAGAAAAACUCCACAAUGCUGAGAGUCAAUCAAUACCCUCCAUGCCCACUCCCAGAGAGGUGUCUGGGUCUUGGGAGCCACACUGAUCCUCAUGCUCUCACAAUUUUGCUGCAGGAUGAGGUUGGGGGGCUACAAGUUCAGAAGAGCAAUGGUGAAUGGAUUGGGAUUAAGCCUGUUCCAAACUCUUUUGUCAUCAAUAUCGGAGAUGUACUUGAGGCAUGGACUAACGUGCGCCUGAGGAGCGUAGUUCACAGGGCCGUCGUCAAUAGAGAGCAGAAGAGAUUGUCCGUUGCCUACUUCAUGUGUCCUGCGAGCAACACGCUCAUAGAUUGCCCACCUCAACUGCUGCUUGAUGCAACUUAUGGGGAGAGGAAGUACGUGGCGUUCACUUGGGAUGAAUUCAGGAAGGAGCUGCUGAAACAAAAGAGGGUUGUUGGGAAGACUGCGCUCAGUAGAUAUCUUAUAUCUCCAUCCUCGAUGAAUUGAAAACUUGUUUGCAUGGUACUUAAUUUGGAGUUCCUUUUUAGCGAAAGAGAGAUUUUGUGUGGGUUUAAUUUGGAUGCUUGAUGCGUAAUGCCGAGUUGUGUAACAAAUUAGUAUUGGUGUCUUUGUUAUA